AUGGUGAGCCGGGCAGACGUGAUUGAACUCGAGUACCACCGACUGCUGGCUAGGUAUAACACAUUGAAGAGUAGCUCUAUCGGUGACGUUCCGGUGAUACCGGACGCGCAUGAGCUCACGGUAGACUCCUAUAUACUCGUGCUAGUGGACGCACACAGUCACAACUUCAAAGACAACUAUCUGCACGGCGCCGAGAGCGGUGGUGAGAAGGCCGCUGCAGUGCUCAAACAAGCGGUCACCGAGUACCUCAUGACGCAACAAUUCAUUAGGAAGACAUGUCGCGUGAGGAUUUGUGUAUACGCCAACCUUAAGAAGCUGUCGGUCGAAGCCGCAGAUCAAUACGCUACCCGAAAUAGAGGCUUCCACAAACCCACAUACCCACGAAGCCUUGGGGCGUUUGCCGCAGGCUUCUCUCGUGGUGAUGUUUCUAUCGACUUCGUCGAUGUCGCUGGCGAUGAGGUUGUCGAGCGCAAGAUUUGUGGGUUGUUCGAGAUGCACAUCAAGGACUCUGCUUGCAGCCAUAUUUUGUUCUGCGCAAGUGGCAGCGUACAAUACAUGCGCACACUCAAAAAGCAUGUUUCGUUCGCCAAGAAGAUCACUCUUAUACAGAAAAGCAGUGACGAUACAAGUCCGACCAAUCUGGGCCUAUGGAGUGUAACAUUGCCGCAAAUCUUCGAGUCUUUUGAUGGGAAUGAGGCUGUCUCAAAACAUAUAACGGAAACACGCAACGUCUUCGAAAGCGAGCAGUCUGAGAAACAUGCCAGUCCAAUGUCUUCCGUCACCGGAAGCUCUCAAAGAGGAGCCUCAGCCAGCUGGACACGCAUACCGCCUGCCCCAACAGUCUCUCUUCCUAAGAACAGCGCAUCAGGGGUCAUACCAAUCAACGCGUCCGGCGAUCGUAUUGAUAGACACAUGGAUGUACCCAUUAAGGCGCAGUGGAGAGAGUAUGAAGCUUGCAUUGCUACGAAAAAACUAUGCACUAUGUUCCAGCUGGGCCAUGGGUGCAGCGCCAAACCUUGCCUAUACUACCAUGGCCAAAUUAGCGCCAACGAACGUCACUGUCUCAGAUAUCUGAUGAGAGCACUUCCAUGCCGCAAUGCAGGAAAAUGCCGCGAUGCAUUCUGCAUGAGAGGCCAUAUAUGUCACUACGAAGAGUGCAAGAAAGGCAGAGUUUCGUGGUGCAAAAUGCCUUCUUCACACCACGGGAUCGACCUGAAUGUUCGGGAUUGGAUCACACCGAAUGGGAAUUCCAGCAAUGAACAACACCAUGAAGAACCUAACACCAAUGGAGGUGUUGAUUCCAAUGGAGGUGCAACUACAGCCGUGCUCAUAGAUGUAUGA